AUGUUAUCUCGUGCUGCUAUCAAUUCUCUAAUCAGCCAACUCAUGGCUCAAUGCAACGGAACCAUUCCAAUUCCUAUCAAGAACAUCUAUAUUAGAUGCUACAAUGGCACACGACACCCCAGUUACGAUGUUUUGACCAUGGUACUCAAGGAAAUGGCUGCCUGUUUGGACCGCACUUUCAUUGUGCUUGAUUCCCUCGACGAGUGUACUGGAUUGGAACGGACGAGUCUUCUGCAAUUUUUGUCUCAAAUGAAAGACUGGGGUCUUGCAAGUCUCCACACAUUGGUCACAGACCGAUCGGUGUUGGAAAUCGAGGACGCCAUCGCAUCCCAAGUUGAUUGGCGACUCGACCUCCAGACUGAGGCUCGCUUCGUUGAUCAGGACAUUCAAAUAUACCUUGACAAUCUACUGAGUCGUGAUUUUUCCCUUCGAAAGUGGGGGGCUGAAGAAAAGGCGAUGAUAAGUGAGACUCUCCUCGAGCGCGCUUGUGGGAUGUUCCAAUGGAUUCGCUGUCAACUCGAUACUUUGAGGAUGUGUGUCUCCUACGCUGACCUCGAGGCGGCCCUAGUAGGCCUUCCAAAGACGUUGGACGCAACCUAUGAACGCAUACUUCAGAAUAUUCUGGAAGAUCACCAGCCCAGAGUUUAUACAGUCUUGCAAUUUCUCUAUUUCUCUGCAUCACCUAUGACACUACAGGUCAUUGCUGAGGUUACCAUCAAAGAGUAUUCUCUCACUAUUGCACGCUAUGAACCUCGUCGCCGACUUUGCAGUCCCGAGGACGUGCUGACACUCUGCGGAAGCUUAGUCUCACUGUCGGCGAAAACCGUUACUCGGAGCAUGUUUGGUUGA